UUUUUUAUGAUUUGGUCGCUCAUCAAUUUGCAGAUUAAAUUUUGAGCUUUAGGUUAACAAAUUUAAUAACAGAUUGAGCUUGGGAAAUACGCAGUUGAAAUGCUUUCAUUCUAAGUUUCUUAAUCAUUGAAGUUUACUGGCUGUUGAGUCUUGAGACGAAUCGGAUUAAAAAAUUAAAAUGAAUAUUCUUACCUCUUCGAGUGUAUUUACAAUAUUAUUCAUUGCAUUGCAACUGAGAAGCUCGUAUUCCAUAGACUCAGAGCAAUUGGAUGAUCAAUGCAGUAGCUACUGCUAUCAGGUUGUGAAACCGCUUCUACAAUUUGUAGAUACGAGCAAAGUAAUGGCUACAGAAAAUACCGAGCUCCAGAAUACAAUCAAGCUGCAAGCUGAAAAUAUCACUACUUUAAAUGAAUUGAUCAAGUCUAAGGACACGCAACUUAUGCAGCAGAUCAAAUUGAGUGAAAAGUUCGAACGACAAAUUCUUAAUCAAAAAACACUUAUUAAGUCAAAACUAUUUGAAUCAUGCGAAGGUCGUAACCGUACAGAGCAAAAACUUAUUGAUAAAUUCAAAAUGCAAUCGGUUCUUAAAUUAAAAUUGGGUGAACUUGUUAAUCUUGUUGAUCAUUAUGAGCUAAAAGUAUAUGAUCUCAAUGCCUCAAUCAAGAAUAAGGAUAAAAAAAUACAAUCAGAUAAAGUGAAUAACAAAGAACUUGUGAAUAUGAUUACGAAUAAUGUUGGAUGGACUGUCAUCCAACGACGUAAAGAUGGCAGCGUGGACUUCAAUCGAUCAUGGUCUGAGUACAAAGAAGGCUUUGGAGAUGAACGUGGCGAAUUCUUCCUUGGGCUGGAGAAGAUUCAUUUGCUGACACAAUCGCAACCUCAUGAGUUGUUUAUAUCCCUAACGGACUUUAACAAUGAGACUCGAUACGCCAGAUACAACCACUUUAUCAUUGGAAAUGAGACUGAGUUCUAUGAAUUGAAAGAGCUGGGAUCAUAUUCUGGUAAUGCUGGUGAUGCAAUGGAACGCCACAUAAACGAAAAGUUUUCAGCAAAAGGACAAGAUCAUACAUCUGAAACUUGCUCCAAAAUCUAUAGUUCUGGCUGGUGGUUUAAAAAUGGUGGAUGCUAUCUUUGUAAUCUUAAUGGACGAUAUGCCUAUUCCGAUGAAGGCGAGAAUGUAAAAAGUAUUGAAUGGAGAUAUUGGACAUUUCGACCAUUAAAAUUUGUUCAAAUGAUGAUUAGACCAUACUCCUAUUAGUUAAGUAAUUACAAUUUUUUUGCUUUGCUUAUAUCAAAAAGACAAAUUUCUGAACUCUUCUUUUCCAACACCUUGCUACCUAACUAGUGAUAAGUAACCUAAUUAUUUGAUUUAUUUUAUUUUGUUGUAAAACUCCAA